UUAUCGCAAUUGCUGCCGCAGACCUUUGACCUCCCGACUCAUUCCUUUUUCUCCACCCUGCUCGCAUGGGAAGUCGUCCGUUUCUUUCUUCAAUCCACCGAUUCGGACUCGAUCCCCAUCGGCAGCGAAGAUCUCCUUGAACUGAAGAUUCUUAUCGUUCGUUCGUUCGAGGUCUGAGGCCGAGGUCUUGCGCGUUUUAUCGGAAUCGACUUUGAAGGACGCUGUGAUUUGGCAAUUGGAUUAAUGAGCAAAUGCAGAGAUCUAGCAGAGCUCUUCUACAAAGAAGAGCUAUAUUGGAGAACAACGUUAUUAACAAGAUUAAACACUUUUACAUAACCUCAGCAUCUCUUCUCAUCAUCUUUUGGGUUCUAAUUCUACUCAUCAAUUCCUUGAUUAGUAAAGGUGAUGGUUGUGGAGAUGGACAGAGCACUGAACCUAGUAAGUUUAGUUUCCACAAUGCCUCCUAUAUAGAUAAGAAAGCGGAUGCUCAAGAUUUGCUGCGAUCAUCUGAUCCCACAUCCACUUAUGAUCAUCCAAACAACCAAAAUGUCGCAAAUGAGAAUAUUGGAGAGGAUUCGGUCAGUGAUAGAAGCAAAUUAGAACAAUCAACUACUCACAAAGACACAACUUCUGAGUUGAUUUCUGAUCCAUUUGUUGAUUUAGAAAAAGAGGCUCAUCCAAGAAUUGAUAGAUUAUCACGUAUUGCUCCCCUUGGUCUCGAUGAAUUCAAAAGCAAAGCCAUAAGUUCUAAAGAAAAAAACACCAUUCCUAGGCAAGCCGGGAGUAUCAUCCACCGAGUGGAGCCUAGUGGUAGAGAGUACAAUUAUGCUUCUGCUAGUAAGGGUGCCAAGAUAUUAGCUCACAACAAGGAAGCUAAAGGUGCUUCCAACAUCUUAGACAAAGAUCAGGAUAAAUAUCUGCGUAAUCCAUGCUCAGCUGAAGAGAAAUAUGUUGUCAUUGAGCUUUCAGAAGAAACUUUGGUUGAUACUAUUGAGAUAGCAAACUUCGAGCACUACUCCUCUAAUCUGAAGGAUCUUGAACUGCUCAGCAGUUUAGUCUACCCAACAGAUGGUUGGGACAAAUUAGGGAACUUCACUGUGGCAAACGUCAAACAUGCACAGAGAUUUUCCCUACCAGAACCAAAGUGGGCAAGGUACUUGAAGAUUAAUUUGCUCAGCCAUUACGGUUCUGAGUUUUAUUGUACUGUCAGUGUGGUGGAAGUUUAUGGAGUGGAUGCAGUUGAGAAGAUGCUAGAGGACAUGAUUUCAGUUGAUAACAAGAGGUUAGAACCCGAAGAACAAAUUGCUGAGCAGUACCAAUUUGAGGAUCACAAUGCAGAAAAGUUUGAGGAAAUUCUCGAACAUAUUGAUGAAAAUACAAAACCAAAACAAGAGCCCCCCAAGGGUGCUUCGCCAAAUCCUAUGCAGGAGACAAAACCACCUCAAGUAGGAAGAAUGCCUGGAGAUACUGUACUUAAGGUUUUAAUGCAGAAGGUCCAAACUCUUGAUAUGAACUUUUCUGUGUUGGAGCGUUAUUUGGAGGAACUGAACAGCAGAUAUGGGCACAUCUUCAAGGACUUUGAUGAUGACAUCAACAACAAAGAUCUAAUCUUGGCACAAAUGAGAUUAGAGAUUAAGAAUCUGCAGGACAGCAAAGAUCUUCUUGUCAGUGAUAUUGGAGAUCUUCUUAUAUGGAAAAGAGUUGCUUCCUUACAACUGGACCAGCUAGGUAGAGAGAAUGCAGUCCUCAGGUCAGAGAUCAAAGGCAUUCAGGAAUAUCAUAUCAACAUGGAAAACAAAGCUCUAGCUGUGAUAUUUUUAACUUUUGUAUUUGCUUGUGUGGCUACUUUUAAAUUGAUCAUUAACAUACUUUUGAGCAUCUGUACAAUAAGCAAAUAUGGAAGUUCAUGUCAGAUGAGCUCUGGUUGGAUUAUGCUGCUUCUGAGCUGUAGCACUAUUACAUUCAUAAUGCUUUUAUAGCUUUUGUAAGUGUUGAGAUCUGUAGCUGAGGCAAAACUUUUGUUUCUAUGAGAUUUUGAUCUGGAGAAGAUCCUAUAUUUUGUUGAGGUAGAUGGAGCAAAGCAAUACUUGCGAUGUACAUCACUUG